CACGGUAUGCGCGUUGCAAGGCAAUUUCCUAUAAAAAGCUCUGCAAUUAUCCCGUUGAGGCGAAUUGCCUGUUUUGGCACGAAAAUGGCGGGCUCGGCCGGUUCAAUGAAGCGCAAAGCGGUGGAAGGCCCUAUCUCGCCGCCACAGACCAAGCGAAGUAUCCAAAGCGGAACAACCAAAAAGGCUGUAGCAAGCUUCUUUACCCCAGCUUCUCAAAAACCAAAAGACAAGACGACGUGGUCAGAAAGGUCGCCUGCAGCAGACUCGCCAGGCACGUUGCUAGUCGCGAAAUAUGAAACUGACGUCAAAGAAGAUGAGAGCAUUAAACGACACAAAAUAGCGGCUUUUGACUUGGACUCUACGCUCAUAUCUACGGCCUCAGGAAAGAAGCACGCCGGCGAUGAAGGAGACUGGAAGUGGUGGCACUCAGAGGUGCCAGAGAAGCUGCGCUCUCUCUAUAAAGACGGCUACCGAGUUGUCAUUUUAUCCAACCAAGGUGGCUUAACACUGCAUGCGGAUCCAAAAUCAAAAGCCCCAAAAGCCUCUGGAGAGAAGAGAAUAACAAGUUUCAAGAAGAAAUGCAGCACCAUUCUUGCGCAGCUGGACCUGCCUGUUACACUGUACGCAGCAACAGGCAAAGACCGGUUCAGAAAGCCACAAACAGGCAUGUGGGAAGAGGCUUGCAAAGAUUAUAAGCUCAGCACGGCUGAAUUAGAUUUGGAGAAUAGCAUCUUUGUAGGGGAUGCCGGUGGCAGGAUGGCAGUGCAGGUCGGAGGAAGCCUAAUUCCGAAGGACUUUAGCUGCUCCGACCGAAACCUGGCCCACAACAUUGGUAUUGCGUAUAACACACCAGAGGAAUACUUUCUUGGCGAGCAGGCCAGGCAAUUUCACAGAGAGAUUGACAUUCUCCAACAUGAAUACGCCGGCAUUGAAGAUGGCGUUUCAUUUGAAAAGAAGCACUCGCAGGAAAUGGUAGUCUUCUGUGGCCCGCCUGGGGCUGGCAAGAGUACCUUUUUCAAGCGAGUGCUUUCGCCCAUAGGGUUUGAGAGAAUCAACCAGGAUACGUUAAAGACUAGAGACAAGUGCUUACAAGUAGCCAAAGAAUGUCUCGGCGAAGGGAAGUCUGUAGCUAUUGACAAUACCAAUCCGGAUCCAGAAGUGCGAAAAAUAUGGAUUGACUUGGCAAACAAGUUCAAGGUGCCAGUACGCUGCGUGUGGUUCUCCAUUCCAAUUGCGUUAUGCGAGCACAACGACGCCGUCCGCGCCACUCACAAGGCGAUGAACCCGGAAAACCGAGAGCGUUUACCAAAGCUGGCGUUUACAGGAUUUGCGUCACGAUACAAGACACCCCAGAUAAAGGAAGGGUUUGAGGACAUAACCGAGAUUACGUUCCAGUUUAAGGGCAGCCGUGAGGAGCAUGGCCUCUGGAGCAGGUAUUAUUCAUAAAUAAAAGACGAGUAGAAUUGUCUUUCAAAAGAGUAAUUUGCAUG